UUCUCUUAUCGAAGCUCGGGGCGGACACUUUGCACAGAAAAGAAUAAAAAGCAGUGAGAGAUAGAAUCGCGAGGUUCACACUGCUACGUUAAUGGCGGUUAGGGUUUUUCAUUGAUCUCCCCCCAAGUAAAAAGACCUUAAUCGCCUUCCUGCGCUUUCUCUCUCUUCUCUUCCCCAAAAACCAAAAAACCCUAAUUUAUAUUACUUGAGGCGCAUCAAGUUCGAUCGAAUUUCUCUAAUUUGGGCUUCGAGUUUGAAUCGCGGAUAUAGGAGCUGGCAUGGGCGCGCCAGAGAAGUCGCAGGCCAACGCCAAUUCGAUGCAGCGUGUUAAGGUAUACCGUUUGAAUGAUGAUGGGAAAUGGGACGACCAAGGAACUGGGCAUGUCAGUGUUGACUAUUUGGAGCGAUCAGAAGAGCUGGGUUUGUUCGUUGUUGAUGAAGAAGACAAUGAGACAUUACUUUUGCAUCGUAUUAGCUCAGAUGACAUUUACAGAAAGCAAGAAGAUACAAUUAUCUCUUGGAGGGAUCCAGAAUAUUCUACAGAAUUAGCACUUAGUUUUCAAGAGACCACAGGGUGCUCUUACAUAUGGGACCAUAUCUGCAAUGUGCAAAGAAACCUGCAUUUCAGUACUCUUAACAACGAGACAUUUCACAGUGUGAACAGCGAGUUGAGGGAGUUGCCUGCAGUUGAGCUAUCCACACUUCCUCUCAUACUUAAGACUGUGGUUGAAAGUGGCAUUGCUGAUCAGAUGCGACUGACAGAACUCAUUUUGAAUGAUCAAGAAUUUUUCCGAAAGCUGAUGGACCUGUUUAGAAUAUGUGAAGACUUGGAAAAUAUUGAUGGUCUUCACAUGAUAUACAAAAUAGUCAAGGGAAUUAUUUUGCUCAAUAGUCCUCAGAUCUUCGAGAAGAUAUUUGGUGAUGAAUUGAUCAUGGAUUUUAUUGGUUCACUGGAGUAUGAUCCCGAGGUCCCUCAUGUCCAACAUCAUCGUAAUUUUUUAAAAGAGCAUGUUGUUUUCAAGGAGGCGAUACCAAUUAAAGAUCCUUUAGUUCUGUCAAAGAUACACCAGACGUACAGAGUUGGUUAUUUGAAGGAUGUUGUUUUGGCUCGAGUAUUGGAUGAGGCCACGAUUGCAAAUCUCAAUUCCAUAAUUCAUUCAAACAAUGCUAUUGUUGUUUCUUUGUUAAAGGAUGAUAGUACCUUUAUUCAGGAAUUAUUUGCUAGGUUGAGAUUGCCCUCCACCUCUGCGGAGUCUAAGAAAAAUUUGGUAUAUUUCUUGCACGAGUUUUGUAGUUUAAGCAAGAGCCUGCAGAUGGUCCAGCAACUUCGUCUAUUUAGGGAUCUCAUGAAUGAAGGAAUCUUUGACAUCAUAACUGAUGCUUUGCAGAGUCAAGACAAAAAGCUUGUUUUAACUGGGACAGAUAUCCUCAUUCUUUUCUUGAAUCAGGACCCAAACCUUCUUCGUUCUUAUGUAGUUCGGCAGGAAGGAGCUCAACUUCUGGGACUCUUGGUUAAAGGAAUGACAACAGAUUUUGGGGAGGACAUGAAUUGCCAGUUUCUUGAAAUUCUGCGUAGUUUACUGGAUUCGUACACAUUGUCCGGAGCACAGAGAGAUACUAUUAUUGAGAUUUUCUACGAGAAGCAUUUGGGUCAACUAAUUGAUGUUAUAACAGCAUCUUGUCCUUCGGAAGGCAUAGCUCAAUCAAGCGGUAAAUCUAUGGGAUCUGGUGGAAGAAUUGGAAAUCAAAAUGGCACAAAGCCUGAAAUACUGUCAAACAUAUGUGAAUUGCUAUGCUUUUGUGUUCUGCACCAUCCAUAUAGAAUAAAGUGUAACUUUCUCCUUAAUAACAUGAUAGAUCAAGUUUUGUUGUUGACACGAAGAAGGGAAAAAUACCUAGUUGUUGCUGCUGUUCGUUUUGUUCGCACUAUUCUUUCCCGCCAUGAUGAGCAUCUGAUAAAUCAUAUUGUUAAGCACAACCUUCUCAAACCAAUUGUGGAUACCUUUGUUGGUAAUGGUAAUCGUUACAAUCUGCUCAACUCGGCAGUUUUAGAACUUUUCGAGUACAUUCGAAAGGAGAACCUUAAAUUUUUGCUUAAAUAUAUAGUUGAUUCGUUCUGGAACGAGUUGGUCAAAUUUGAGUAUUUGGUUUCCAUUAACUCACUAAAAGUUAAAUAUGAGCAGUCCCUGGAGAAUUGUGGACCAAAAGGCAUUGGUAAUGUGUCAGACCCCAGAAAGCGAAUUGAUGAGCGUGCUCUGGAGAAAGAAGAGGAAGAAUAUUUCAAUGAGGACAGUGAUGAAGAAGAUACAGCAUCUGCAUCAAUUUCAAAUACCCAAAAAGUACAAUCUCAACCUGUUUUAUCUAAUGGAGUUACUCCAAGCUACCCGCCAUUAAGUCCUAGAUCUGGUGGACUGGUUGACUAUGAUGAUGAUGAGGAUGAUGAAGACUACAGACCACCACUGAGGAAGCAGCCAGAAACUUCUGAUGAAGAUGAAGGAACAAUGGAGUCUCUUAGGUUGAAGCGGAAACUGGUAUCCAAGGAUAACAAGCCUGAGGUGUCAAAGAAGCAGCGGAUUGGAAAAAACUCAAAGUCAAAAGAAAGUGUUUUUACUGCUCUGUGCUCAACCUUAAGCCAGGCAGUGCUACCUAGUAAGAAAACUGCAAGCACCACACAAGCGACUCCGCACACAGCUGAUGCUGAUGGGAACCAAAGCUCAAGUGAAGAAAAUCAUCAGGAGAAUAAACCUGACACUGACAGAAGCUGUUCUGAUAACAACAGCAGUACUACAGAUGAGAACCACAGAGAGAAGGACCUUCCUGCUUCUAGAAUAUGUUCUGAUCACUUGCAUAGCACUUCAGAUGAUAGACAGUUGGGUGGAGAGGACUCUCCAUUAAUACCACCAAAAUCCUCACCAGAAAUGGCUGUAAAUGGAUCCUAAUUUAUGCAGCAUCACAUUCAGAGGGGUUGCCAUUGUUUGUUCAGUUUUCUUCAACUCGUGGGAUGUUCUUGGUGGUGGAACCGAAGGAAAUAAUGCAUUUCAAAAGAGAAGAAGUGAACAGAGGGGCAUGAGUUUGGUUGAUGGCUUUGCAUUGAUGAUAGGAGGGGUUACUGUAUAGAGCUACUGAGAGGCAAAAAGUAAUCCAAACAACGUGGGCCCAUUCUCCCCCUUUCACUUGGUCCUUCUGAUGCUUUGAGCUUAGCUUAGCAAUUGUCUUCUGUACAACAUUUAUCAGCAUUAUCUUUUUCUUUUUAUUUUUUCUUCCAAUUUUCUUACAUGUUUUCUUUUGCCUUGUUUUUUUUUUUUUUUUUUUUUUCAAUAACCCUUUAUUUGUUUUUGUCCAUUUUUGGCUAUGUGAAUCAUAUGAUAUAGGGGGCACAAAUGUUUGCCCUUCAUAGUUCUGCAGUUUUGUGGUGGGUGUUGUUGUAAUAGAGGCCUGGUGAGGUGGUUAGAGGUCAAAGUUUUCCAAACGUAGUUGCAGUAGUGAAACUCAUUAUAGAUAGGCCAGUGUAAAUUAGAUUUUGAACACUUUCUAACUUUUGAAGGGUCUCCAAAAGAUCUUGCCAUCGCUUCUAAUUAACAUUAUGAAUUUACUAUUCUGCUAUUUCUUUUA